UGGCACAUGCUCUGCAGCCAGGUGUUAUCCCCGCCAGAUUGAAGAUACAUUAUCAGUACAGUGCAGUCAUUUCUUCAGGAUAUGGCUUUAUGGUUCUCAAGUAAUCCUCCCCGUGAGGAUAUGUCUGCUGAAGACAUCGAAGAGGAGAUUGAGGAGGAGAUUGAGGAGAUUGAGGAGGAGAUUGAGGAAGAGAUCGAGGAGGAGAUUGAGGAGGAGAUUGAGGAGGAGAUUGAGGAGGAGAUUGAGGAAGUGAUCGAGGAGGAGAUUGAGGAGGAGAUUGAGGAGGAGAUUGAGGAAGUGAUCGAGGAAGAGAUCGAGGAGGAGAUUGAGGAGGAGACUGAGGAAGUGAUCGAGGAAGAGAUUGAGGAGGAGACUGAGGAAGUGAUCGAGGAAGAGAUCGAGGAGGAGAUUGUGGAGGAGAUUGAGGAAGUGGUUGAGGAAGAGAUUGAGGAGGAGAUUGAGGAGGAGAUUGAGGAAGAGAUCGAGGAAGAGAUCAAUGAGAAGAUUGAGGAGGAGAUUGAGGAGGAGAUUGAGGAAGAGAUUGAGGAAGAGAUCGAGGAGGAGAUUGAGGAGGAGAUUGAGGAAGAGAUCGAGGAGGAGAAUGAGGAGGAGAUUAAGGAGGAAAUACAGGAAGUUAAUGCAGAGGAAGAAAUUAUGAGGGAGGUUCAGGAUCAGCCCUCUGUCUCCAAUAGAGAUGACUACUCCUACACUUUCUUCUCAGAGACGGAGGAAUCUGAGAGAUCUGAGAGAUCUGAGAAAUUGUCCAGUCUUCGCAAAGCCCUAGAAAAGAAGAAAAGAGCCAACGCUGCUCUUGAAGAAGCCUGGAAGAAGGCACAAACAGCCAAAGCUAGAUUCAAAAGAGCCCUGAAGCAGGAGCGAAAAGAAAAAGACGCUCUUGCCAAGGCUCUGAGGAAGGAGCAAGCUGAGAAAAAACGCCUUGGUUUUGAAAUGGAGCACAUGAAGGCACAGGUGGCUGAUCUCAAGAAGUCACAGAAAGAGCAGCAGCGGAGCAAAGCAAAGCUGAAAUCCACAAUCACUGGAAUGGCCGCUGAGCUCGAAGAAGACAAGAAUGUGAUUGAGAAGCUCCAGAAGGAUCUGGAGACGUCCUCCUGUCAGCAAGAAAAAGAAAUCCCAGAGCGUGAUAAGGUGAAUUGGGCUGAAAUCAAGACACUAAAGGAUCGCAUCAUUGAGCAGGAUGAUGAAAGUCUGGAAAAAGACAAUCAAAUUCAAUCUCUACAUCUCAAUGUUCAGAAUCUUCAAAGCAAUAUUGAAUCCAAAGACAACAUGGUUUCCUCUCUGCAGCAGAAAGCGAACCAGUGGGCCUCAGAUCUCGAAGAGGAAAAAACAAAAAACUGUUCACUCCGGAGGGAUUAUGAGGCCGCUGUCUCCCAGCAGCAGAAGGAAGCGGAAGAACUAGACCAUCUGACUCAUGAGAACCAACAACUUGCUUCUGAAAAAAAAAGGCUGCAAGGUGAACUUGAGGCUGCUGUAAAUGAGCGGCAGCUUCAUCAGAAAGAUCUUCAGGAAGCUCGAGAAGCCUGUGGCAAACUUGAGAAGGCCGUUAAGAAGGAGAAAGUUUGCCUCUCGACAGCAUACAACAAGUUCCAGAUCCAAAAGAAGGAGCUCUCUGAGAAGAGUCUGGCUUUAGAAAAGAGCCAGAUUGCUGAAAAAUUCUUAAAGUUGUUUGUCAAAAACGAGAAGAAGCGGUAUGAGCAGCUGGUUUUAGCAAAGCAGGCUGCAGUCAAACCUCUUGCAAUCCCCAGCAACCACCUGAGAGAAGCAUCUGCGACCUCAGAGCGUCUGAUGUACGACAUGCAGACUUUGAGAAUGGAAAAUGCAGAUGUCACAGCUAAAUUCAACGUUAUGGAGACAGAAUAUGAUAGAACAAGAUCUAAACUCUGUUCUCUUUCUGAGCGCCAUGAAGAGAUGAUGUUAAAGAAUAAUGAUAUCAUCUCUGAGAAGAACGUAACCAUCACUAAGCUCCAGUUCAUGGUGGAUGGAUUCAAAGAACAGCUGUCCGACAGCAAGGCGAGACAGGCAGAACUUGAAGAAGCCUUAAAACAAGACAAGAAACAAAACCUGGAGUUGCAGCAAAGAGUUGAUCAGAUCACCUCUGCUCUUGAAAAAGAAAGGACCAGGUGUGAGAAGCACCGCGUGGAGCUCAAGGAGGCUUUGACAAAGCAGAUUGAGACAAUGGAGGAGAAGCAGAAGUUGGCUUUGGCUCACCAGAAAGCUCACAACAGCUACGUCAGGCUUCGAGAACAACAGCUGGCAGAGUCAAACUAUCAGUACAGACACGUCAGUGACACUGAGCUCAGGCUUAACCAGCAGAAAACUGCCCUGGAUGAGAGCGCAAAGGCUCUACAACAUCUGCAACAGGAAUACAUACUUCUGGGGAAGAGGCACAGUAACAUUAAUUCUGACUAUUGUGAGCUGCUUAAAACUCACAGUGCCCUCCAAAUCAGAUAUGAGAGGCUGAGCUAUGCACAAGGUAACCCACGACCAGAUUUCAGCCCACUUCAGUUCACAAUAAAAAUUUAAUUUUUUGGUACACACAACAUCUAUUUCAGGGGAGUGGAGUAAUAAAGUACCUAAAAAUUGUACUUUCCACCAUUGGAAGAGGGAUCCCUCCUCUGUUGCUCUUCCAGAGGAUUCUUCUAAUAUUCCCUGUUAGGGCAAGGGAAAGGAAUGUUUUGUGGGAGUUUUCCUCAUCCAAAUCACGGGUCAAAGGACAGAGGUGCUCGUGUGAUGUACAGGUUGUAAAUCUGGG